GUUGGUUUUGGCAAUUCGACCUGUAACCGGUAUUCGAACACGUCUACGGUGGUAUCCUCUACGGUGAACGGUGUUCGCGCCUGGAAGUCAAGUAUCGGAAGAAAAACUCCAUCUGAAUGUGCAUUUCACCGACCGGUUAGCCCUGAAUGGAUGGAGUUUGUCCGGAUCGCAAAUGUCACGGUCUCAAUCUUUACCUUCAUUGUGCUUGGAUGCAUGAGCGCCAUUGAGGGCGCGGUUGGGCCAUAUCUGACAAUGUCUGUAACCAUUAAUAUGGCCCGUUUCGGGGUCCCCAUCCAGGAAGACGGAAAUGACGAGCGCAGUUGA